UCCUCCCCUGCGGAGGUGCCCCCCCCCUGGAAGCACUCCGUCCUGCAGGCUGAGAGCAGCUUCACCUCCGUCAGCACCUCCUCCUCCUCCUCCCACAUGAUGAUGGAGCAGAGCAGCUCCUCCACGAUGAUGGGGCAGAGCGGCUCCUCCACGAUGAUGGGGCAGAGCGGCUCCUCCACGAUGAUGGGGCAGAGCGGCUCCUCCACGAUGAUGGGGCAGAGCGGCUCCUCCAUGAUGAUGGAGCAGAGCAGAGAGGAGGCGGCUGCAGUUCCCUCCAGAGCCCAGGAGCCCGUCGUUCCUCCCACUAUUAUUGCUGGUCUGAAGAACACGAACGUGACAGAGGGCGAGAGCGUGACCUUGGAGUGUCAGAUCGGAGGUCAGCCCGCCCCCAGCAUCAUGUGGUUCAGAGAGGACUACAAGAUCGAGAGCAGCAUCGACUUCCAGCUCACCUUCAGCGCCGGCUUCGCCCGCAUGGUGAUCAGAGAGGCCUUCGCCGAGGACAGCGGGCGCUUCACCUGCACCGCCACCAGCGAGGCGGGCACCAUCAGCACCUCCUGCUACCUGCUGGUCAAAGUGUCAGAGGAGAUCGAGAGCAGAGAGGAAACGACGACUGUGACUGAAAUGGGAAUGACUCAGGAGAAAACUGUGUCCAUGGAGCAGAGCGUGGUGACGGAGGUGAUGUCGGGCGAGGUCGCCCCUCCCUCCUUCAUCAGGGAACCCAGCGCUCAGAAGCUGGUGGAAGGAGGAGCCGUGGUGUUCGAGUGUCAGGUGGCAGGAAGCCCCAGACCUCACAUCAUCUGGAAGAAGGGCGGCGUGCCCCUCACCACCGGAUACAGAUACAAAGUGGCCUACAGGAAGGACACAGGAGAGUGCAAGCUGGAGAUCACCAUGACCUUCGCUGACGACGCAGGAGACUACUCCGUCUUCCUGAAGAACCAACAUGGAGAGACCUCUGCCACCGCCCGCCUGCUGGAGGAAGAGGAAUAUGAAGCCUACAUGAUGCAACAGGGCGUGACCUAUCAAACUGAAGUGAGGGCGGCGGUGGUGCCGGAGGCGGCGGUCGUGGUGACAGCGUACGAGCUGGAGCAGCGGAGGGUCACCACGCCCAUGAGCUUCGUCUCAGAAACGGAGUUCCUGAUCUCCUCCUUCGAGGAGCGGAUCAUCCAGGAGGUGGAGCUGCGUAUCCUGAGGAUCAGCUACACAGAGAUGGUGACGGAGGACGGAGAGCUGAUGGUGACGGUGGCCGAGCACGAAGCCGUGCAGCCCGCCUUCCAGACGCCCGUCAAAAACUACAGAAUCAUCGACGGCAUGGGAGCCACCUUCCACUGCAAGAUGAGCGGGACCCCCCUGCCAAAGCGGGCCUUCGUGCUCGCCACCGUCACCAUCGAGCUCUUCCGUCCUGCCGUCACCAUGCUCAUAGGUGUAGGCCUGAAUCCUCAGGAUACGCAGCUCACCUCACCUGGAUGA